ACAUACCUAACCAGCAUAUGCUGGUUUUUUCAACAGGGUUAUCAUUUACUGUGUUGUACAGACAGAGGAAGGCAUCAUGCUGGAUGAGCUGGUUGUGAAGGAGCAGCCGUCCACAGACACAGAGGAGUCAGUGCCAUGUUUCCAGACCCCAGGCCCCACGCUCACCUUCCAUCAUCUCCGCUACCACAUCAAAGAACGAUCAGGGAUGUUUAGCAGGGAGUGGGUUGAAAAGGACAUCCUCAAAGAUGUCAGUGCGAUCAUGAACCCUGGAGUGAAUGCUAUUAUGGGCCCGACUGGAAGUGGAAAAACAUCGCUUCUGGAUGUCAUUGCAGGAUGGAAAGAUCCUAAGUGCCUAAAAUCAGGCCAGGCUCUAGUUGACAACACCAUUGUGACCUCUGACCUCAGACUCUGCUCUGCCUAUGUAGUCCAG